CUUUCAGGGCAGCAGGGGUCUCUUUUGCAGUGACUUUCGUGCAAGGCACAGUGGAGGUCAUUGCCCGAGGUCAUUCACUCUUUCAACGCUCAGCCUGAGGUCUUUUCUCGAACCAUCCCUGUCCGUCCUCCACACGGCCCCGGCGGCCAAGCAAACGCACGCACGCCCGCCAGCCCGUACGUAGUGCCGUACGGCAGAAGCGGACAGAGCAGCAGGGGGACAAAAAAUCGGCAGCACAACUUACCUAACGGAGCCAUCCCGAUCGAGACCUCGAAACCGCAAUUCGCAUCCGGACCCCGUUGCGCGCCGCAUUCGCGAGUCCCGAAACCUCCACUUGUUUUUACGGCUCCUCCGAAGUCCGAAUUCCUCCAUCACGACCACCGACCCGUGACGGCCACCCGACUGUGCGCAACAGCUACGGUCUCCCGAUUGGUUCACCGAUUCCUCACCCGCAUCAUCCUUCUCUUCAUCCCGCAUCAUCCUUCUCUUCAUCCCGCAAGGUCCCCAGUUCGCCGCCGCAUCUCCCGAGCACUUCUACACCGGACGGACCAAGCCAUACCAGCCGAUCGACCCGACGACUUACGCGACGACGGCCGACUUCUCUCUCUUUAUAACCCAUCACCCAGUGCAUACCAUUUUCUCUCUCUCUCUUCAGCAACACAAAAGUCCCACACGGGCAUCAUCAAACCUUCAAAAUGGGCAUUCAACAAAUCACCAACAUGUGCUCGCACCUCCAAAACGCCUCGCGCGCUCGCCUGGGCCUGACCUCCCUGCCCAACACCAAGUACAACCUCGCCCUGGCCCUGGCCCUGCACCGCGCAGGCUUCAUCUCCUCCAUCACGCGGGGCGGUCCUCACCCGCCCACGCCCGAGGCCCUCAUGACCUACGAGCCCGAGCCCGUGACCAGUGCCAACGUGGCCACGCGCCGGUUGUGGGUGGGACUCAAGUACUGGAACGAGGAACCCGUCUUGAAGGAGCUGAAGCCGAUUUCGAAGCCGUCGAGGCUGGUGACUGCCUCCCUGGAACAGCUGAACCGUGUGGCGAGGGGCUUUCCCGCGGGAUACAUGAAGGGGUUGCAGUUGGGCGAGUGUUUGUUUGUGAACACUGAUAGAGGUGUGUUGGAGGUUAGGGAGGCAGUGGAGAGGAAAGUUGGUGGGCUGGUUUUGUGCAAGGUAAAAUAGAUGGGUAGAAGAAGAAGAAGGAGGAGGGUCUCAAGGAUGGACGGUGGGGAUAGGACAUGAAUUCGGUGAAAGGAAGGCAUUGUUGGGAAGGAAGCGAGAGGAAUAGAAGAAGAGGAGGAAGAGUCACCGCACUUUGGGAGGAUCUCAAACCUGAACUGGAGCCAACCAUUUCUGUGCGCAGUGUACGAUACGGAUGUGAUUCCAUUGUACACUAGACGACUUAGCAAGACUGGACAAACAUGGAAAGGAAUAGACAUUGGCAAAGCAGAGCUCAUCCUUGGUUCUUGCUAUGUGAAUAUGAGGUAUGAGGCCAAGAAAGACAACGAGCUGGCAUCCUGUAUGCUAUGAUCUAUGCAUGACAACUAAAUCAUCAGCACUCACCGUGGAAACAGAUAUCACCAAGAUUGAUAAGAAAAGGGAUCGAUUCAUCCUGCUCCAGGGUGCUGUACAACC